UGGAGACGGCAUAUAGAGAAUUUUGAUAUUUUUUGAGGUUAGUAUAUUUUUAUUCAACUGUGAAUAAAAGCGUAAGCCUAAUGGUAUUCUAAAAAAAUAAUACUAAGAACUGUACUUAGCAAUAAUUGUUCUGUAAUUCUUCAAUUCAUCAAAAAAGUAGACUAGAAUUUUCAUUGUUGAAAAAUUAUAACUAUGAGUGACAAUGAGGAUGCAGUAGAAAAAAUGUUAAAGAAAACAGGUUGCUUAAAUCUCCAUUACUUAGUGCAGCUGCAUGAUGCUGCAGCUGGAGCCAACAUGCCUCGACGCUAAAAAUGAUCUUUAGGCAGCAGAAACUUAGAAAAGCACAACAGAAGUUUUUUCAAAAAUCUGGUGUGGCGCACUCACACAACUUUCCUUGCCGUUAUUAAAAUGUACACCUGACGCUAGUGUACACGCGCAUCUCAAGUCUACUAUUCAAAGAUCCAAGCCAGCUGGUGACAGGACAAUAACGCUGGAGACACACGAGGAAUGUAUUGCAGAAACAAAAGAUUGGAGAAAGUGUCAAAUGAGGUGCAGAAUUUCAGGGAAUGUAUGAAUAAACAUCAGAGUGAAAAAAUUUCAAAACGGUUAGUGGCCUGAAAAAAAUCUUAAGUGAUAUUUCUAGUGUUUUGUUAUUAUUAAUCAUGGAAACCUACUCAGCAUUUUUGGCUGGCAUAGCUAUUGGUAUCACUUCUAGCUUUCUAGUAAAAAGCAAUAAGAUGAAAGACAUCAAGUGUUUGUUUGACAUUGUUUUAAAGAAACGCGAUAGUUGUAAAAUGGUGUUUGUUGUGCGCAAUGAUUUAAAUAUGUCGAAGGGAAAAGUAGCAGCUCAGUGCUCUCAUGCUGCAAUUCUCUGCUACGACAAAGCAGUGAAACAGGCGCCUGAAACUCUCAGACGAUGGAAUCUGGAAGGACAGGCGAAAAUUGUUGUCAAAUUGGAUGGCGGAGAGAAAGAACUCCAGGACAUUUCAGAGAAAGCCACUAGUUUGAACAUAAUUAAUAUGACAGUUCGUGAUGCUGGAUUAACCCAAGUUGCUAGAGGAACUGCCACAGUUCUAGGCAUCGGUCCAGCUCCAGCUAGACUCAUCGAUCUCGCAUCUGGCCAUUUAAAAUUGAUGUAGAAUUAUGUAGUUGCCUGAACGAGGUUCGUUCAAUAAAUAUUCUUCACACUA